AUGGCGGACAUGAAAUCGAAAGAAAAAUGGAGCAAACGAGACGAAGAAAUUGUUGCAUUCUAUAUCCCCCAGGAAACGGCUGUUGAAAAGAGAACUCAGGUAAGUAAUCCGUAAAAUGACCAUAUUUUCAGUUUAAAAUGCGCGAGUGCGCGAUCAGGCGAAAGUCCUGGAGCGAGGGUGAAAGAGAGCGAGACUAAGGAGAGACUCGAAGAAUACGCGCCACUUGGUGUUCUUGCCCCAGUUGUUCAAAAGCUGGAUAGCGCUAUCUACCUUUUUAACAACUGGGACCUGGUGAUCUCGCGCGACUUAAUUCCCCCUGUCUGUCCUUCAGAGAUAAAAAAGAGAUUCAGUGCAAAAUAUUACUUUACCAGAGUGCAACUGCGGAACACUCAGCUUGUCAGGGAAACAGUUUUCGACUUUACUUGUUACAUGUCCCCAUGACUUUGAUCGAAGAAUGCGCUGAUUUUGAGAGCAGGCGUUGUUAAAGCGUGAAGAACUCAUCUACACUCGCACUAAAUGAUCUCUUUUUCGCUUUUGCCUAGUAUUUUGGAGCAACUGUCAUUCGGCGGAUACAUUAGAGAGGGGCGUCUAAAAGAAACAUAAAAGGGCGGGGGGGGAGGAGGCGUUUAUUUGAGAGAGGGCGUCCAUUAGAUCAUUAUGGAACUUAAGUACCAGACGUUCUUGAUUCACGAACGGUCCAGAUCCAGUUCUGGCCGCGCAGAACUGGAUCGGGGACGCGGUUUGCGCGCGAAAUGCAAAUCAUUAAGCGAAAGAACGUGAAACCAUCACGAACGCCGACAGAAUAAUUCAGUUGAAAAUGCCUUUCAAAGAUUUGCGUUAAGUUACGAAGAAAACAUGAUUUCGGACGAAGAAUUUCUACUUUUGUAUGACGGAUACUCCUCUCAACCUGAGAACCAACCUCGUCCCCAGGGCUUGUCCCUUAAAAAAAAUUUUUAAGGGAAAAGCCCUGGGGACGAGGUUGCCUGAGAACUCGCGUUUUGAAGUCCGUGACUGCAGCUCAAGAACGUCUUGACAUGCGCAGUGGCUGUCAUGCAGAUAAAAUACUUCCGGUUGGCGUCCGUGAUACCAAGAACGCCUGGUGCUUAAGUUCCCUAUUAUUUCAAAAGGUUGAGUUUGAUCGUCCGGGUGAACGUAGUCCUGAAUAGGACUGUUGUUGUUGACAGUGACUGACGUUUCGACAACCUGUGCGGUAGUCAUCUUCACUAAUGUUACGAGACGGGGUGCAACGUCGGCGCCGCUAAUUAGCUUCUGAAACCUACAUCUUCACUAAUGUUGUUGCAUCUAGCCUUAGUGAUCACGACAUGUUGAUCGCAGUGAGAAAAAGCUUAAUGACGUUGAUAGCAGUCAAAAUACCACCAUGUCGGACAAUUGAAUGCAGGUUAAUUUCAUGCAAUAACAUCACGGCUAACAAUCCUUCGGACUUUCUGUGAUGAUCUAACCAGAGAUAUCCCAUGGGAUGUUGUUCUGAAAUGAAACCGAAAAACGUCAACACUGCCUGGAGUAACUGGAAACGAUCUGUUUUUGAAUGUUUGGGUUCGAACACGUUCACCUUUUCCCUAUUAUAAGCGAAAGAUAGUGCGAGAAUGUUUAAAAUUAUUCCAUCGAGGCUCACUAGUGAAACAAAAAAGCCUGCGAUUCAUCAAUCAAAUAACAAGACUUUUGAUGUUGGGCCUACGAAAAGCAAUUCUGAGGUCUGGAGCUGAGGUGGACUGGACUGGAAUCAAGCAUUAAAGUGACGGGGUCAUCGAAAGGGUCCAAAAACAAGACCCCCAAAAAGAUUCCCCCCCCCCCCUCUUUGGAAAUGACCCAUCCCCUCCCAAGAAAUUAAAAUGAGCGGCCUUAUUGCAGGGGGUAGGUCAUGCAAUGCCUUCUGGGUGAUCCAUUCGCCAUUUUGUCUUUUUUUUGUUGAAGGAUGGAAGCUCCUUUUAUAAUUUGGCUGUGCCUCAGGCAGCCCUAUAAUGAAAUGAAAGUGCCCUUUUGAAAACCACAUCGUGUGAUAUAGGCCAUAUGUAAAAAGAACUUUAAGAUAAUCAAAAUCUGUGUUAUUUUAUUUCAGGGAACCGCUGUUGUUCCUCUCAUCAAGUUCUUUUCAUUCCUCUGCCUCCUUCUUGGAUUUGCUCUAUUCGCCCUCCACAUGGAAUUCCAUCCUUCCUUCACUACAGCGUGGUUUAGUAAUGCAUUAGAUGAACCAUUAGAUAUUGGAACCCUUGACUGGGGACCCGAGACAACAAAACAGACAGAUGUCAAACGGGAAGGUAGUGCUGGAGGUAAGUUUAUUACAUGAAGGUAUAGAGUACGUAAUAAAUGCUGUUCGAAAAUACAGUUGGGGACGUAGACCCAGCCGGACAGAACAGUCGACAUUUCGUAACGUCUGCUUUGCUUUCCCCGCAGAAUUUGCUACAUCCAAUCAGAAGCACUACCCAGAUCUGGGAAGUAACACUUUGUCAGUAGGGAAUUUCUGCGCUCGUUUCUAAUACGUCAUUUUGCAGGGAAACCACCGAAGGCGUCGCAAAAUUUCGGCUCUUUUCUCAAACUAACGUAGAUCGUUUCAUGGAAAAUUAUAAAACCGUCAGCCCAAAAAUUGGUCGCGGUCGCUUACAAGAGGUUCGACUUUAGGAUUUCCUUUUAAUAGUUUCCGUGUGUCAACUGAUUUGCUUAUUUUUUCCCUCCCUCUGAGAGAAAAGAAACAGCAAUUUAGCUCGGACGAUGUUUUCCAAAGGUUUUAAAUCUAUUUUUCACCGAAUUAUUUAUUGAAUUAUUCUUUACCUACCACACCAGAAGUCUUAGAUGCCCUGCCGUUGCUGGCGGUAUGGGGUUUAUGGGGUCCUUGGAGCGCAUGCAGUAAGAAGAAGUACUGUCAGGAAGGACAACAGCAUCGCCGCAGAAUAUGUGUAACUCUCGAGGACUCCGCUCACUGCGUGGGUGUUUCCAUGGAGGCGCGAGACUGUCCAGCGGCCUCUUGUGUCCAUGCAUGUAAGCAGUCACUUAGAAACUUAAAGGAGCUCUCGACUGUCACCAAUUUUAUCAGAAUUUGAACAGUAAGAACUGUCACGAAAUUGAGUAAAAGAGAAAAAUAAUCACUCAAAACGUUAAAAGAAGGUAUUAAUAACACAACAAAAACAAAAAUAGGCACCGCUGAACAAACUUGAAGAAGAUUAAAACGGGUUCAAAUUGUGGGUUUUUGAAAACCUAUCUGUUUUUCACAGUUAAUUUUUGCUGUUUCUUAAACGUUAAUUGUAUGUAAUACGUAAUGCUUGGGAAGUAUAUUUGAUGGAAAAGAUGCUGUGAUUUUUUCGUUGAGUAAAUUUUUCGUCAGCGUUAAGUUCCAUAGCGCAUAAGGAAGCGUAAUUGGCGAUAACCCGCGACUAAGAACCUGAAUUUCUCCAAGUUAGCCAAAAACGGUUCUUUUUAUAAAAAAUGGUAGUUAGCACAAGUUUAGGCUAUUUAGGUUUUAAAUAGGUUCUUACUUUCUGAAGAGUAUUUAGUGGUUCAGCUUAUUCCUCAUAUAAAAUCUGCAUACCAAAUUAGAAGUUAUGAAAAAAUGACCAUAAAAAGAAGUGAAGCAUUGACCUCCAGAACUUUGAAGUCCUACUUCAGAACAUAAUGUAAAUGUAUUGAAAUUGUACCAAUAAUAAAUUUAUUUGAUUUUAAACAUUGGUAGUUACAUUGCAGUUGGAGUGAUAAGACACCUAUGUCUCCAAAGAGGAUUCUGAAUCAGUUUUGCCCUAUCUUAUUUACUAAAGUGUGCGGAAGUUUUUCAUAGUUUUUAGAAAAUAUCUAAAUAAGAACCCGGUUUCAAAAUAAGUUUAGGCUAAAAGGGUUCUUAUUAAGAGGGGACUUAACUGGUAAUUAUAGCCUAACGCGGGUUUUUAAACUGAUUCAGGUUCUUAGAUGCGGGGUUUUACUGUACUAUUAAAAUGAACUAGACAUGAGCCGUGACACAGCCCUAUUUUAAACUGCUGUCUGUACCUGUUUCGAAAAGAAGUGAUCAACGAAAGGAAAAAUGUAUCUCCGACCUCUUAAGGGCGUAAAAUUCAGGCAAAGAUACCAUCUCUAUGCUUGUUAUGCUCCUUCUUAGACUUUCUAGCCUUAACGUCCACGGUGAUACAUGAGCCAACCCACGCCAAAGGAUACAGAGGUCACCUGUGCAACUAUGCCUCUGUAUGCGCGUUUAAGACUUCGAAACAUUUGUUUCCCGCUACAGAACUACGUCAUUUUUUAUCAUCUUGGCAACUCCUAUCAUCAGUUAAAUAUAACGAAUAAUUUUCACCUUUACAGACAGUACACCGCCCCUUCUCGCAGAUCAAUCACCAGCGCCCGCAACAUCGUUUCUCGGUCAGGAGUGUAACGCCACAGUUAAAUACUCGGCCAGCGGAAAAUACAGUGACCUCGUUCCUAGUGCCGUGAAUCAUCUCUUCCCUUCCGCUAAGAAGAUGCUAAAAAGUGGAUUCUUUGCUGUACAGGUCCUACCAAAAAUUCUAGAGAAAGAGUCUUCAAUAACAAAGGUACCACUAUACAAACAGAAGAAAAUAAUCAAGGCUCUACUGACUCUCCAAGACCGUAUAUUAGACUAGCUAGGCACCAAAAGAGCGCAUGUGGCUAUUUACAGAAAACGGGGAUGCAAUUAGUGGAAUUUGUUUUCAACCCCAAAACACCUUGUAUAUUUUCUCAAACUGUGUUUUUCCUUGAAGUGAAGAAAUAAGCAAGAUCGUCGAAAAGGAUCCUCGAAGUAUCUUUUGAGGAUCAUAAACAGUUCUUGUUUAAAUUGCUGAAGAUGCCCAGGGGUUAUUGUUUAUACUGGCUCACAUACCUAAACAUUAAUGGUAGAAUAGUGAAACGUAGCCACAGAAACUUAGACAACUUGUUAGUCACUUAAUCAAUAUUCUGCCAAUCACCUAGUCAGUCGCCAUGGCAGCGUUUCCAACUGUCUGUUUUUACACUUUAAUUCGUUAGCUUGGCCAGACGGACAGGUGAAUAAUAAGUCAGUCAGUAAGUCAGUCAGUCUGUCAGACAAUUACCCGGACAGUCGGUUCGGUCGGCCAGUCAGUCAGUUAAUCGGUUAGUCAGACAGUUGGUCAGCUGUUAGUCAGACAGUGAAACAGUUAGUCCGUCAUUCGGUCACACAGUCGAUCGGUCAGUCAGUCAGUCAGUCAGUCAGACAGUCAGUUAGUCAGCCAGCCAGGUGGCCUGUCAGUCACUCAAUCAGUAAUGUCAAUCAGUCAAUUUCGUUAAAUCAUCCUAAUCAGUGAAAAAGUGUAGGCCUUUUUCAGAAAUACCAUAAUAUUCUUUGCUGUCCCUCCAAAAUUUUGCAUAAGCAUAGUUUUUGAUUUCUCUUGGGGUGAUUGUAAGUCCCAAGAGAAAUUGAAAACAAUGCUUGUGCAAAAUUUCGGGAGGACAACAAAAAGUAUUAUGGUAUUUUUGAAAAAAGCCUGUUCUCACCAUGACAUUCAGUUAGGCAGUUAGUUAGCUAUCAACAGUCAGCAAUAAUUGCCCAAGGUAAUUCAAUGUGUCUAUACCUCUCAUUGACAGGUAUGUUUUGAGCCUUUUGGCCUAUGGUCCGUCUCAGCAGCACGAAAAGUGUUCCAUCUCAACAGGGCAACCAGAGCAUCCCUCAAGGAACUUAAAUCAAGUCGUCUGGUUGGACUAGCUAUAUCUCUUCAAUCCGACGGGACUUUAUACGGGGUACUUUUGGCCACAGGAAGUCCCGGAGGACUCUACAGUUACGUUUAUUACAGGAGAUUUCGCGGAAGAAGCUUUCAUGAAGAGAUAUCGUUUUAAAUGACUGGCAAUUUUUUUCCUUACUCCCGCGGGGUCAUUAUAUUUUUUAUCUAGAUGCGUCAUUGAUUGAAGCGUCUUUUUGUAUCGCCUCCAAGAAACAUCUUCGACCACAGUUUGUAAAAAUAGCGUCGCAAUGUAGGCGUACAUACAUCAUCAAAGGUUGCGCAUCAUUUUGGUUUGAAUUCUGUCGCGAAAGGGCAAAAUGGUUGGUGGCAGAUUUCUUGGGAAAAGAAACAUUUGAAGAACGAGAGAAAAACAAGACAAC